UCAGAACCAGACAGGUACAGACACUAAGCUGUGGACUAAGGAACAUGAACUCCAAGGUAAUCUGCGUUCUCCUCGGCUUGGCGGCCUUGGCAGCUGCUGACAGCCGAGAAUCCUUCGAAUACGCCCCACGCAGGGGAUCCUCCGAGGAGUCCUACGAAUCCAGCGAGGCCCAUUACAGCUUCAACUGGGCCGUCGACCACGACCCUUCCAGCAACGAAUUCGGACACCAGGAAACCCGUGACGGAGAUGACACUCAGGGAUCCUACUACGUCGAGCUCCCCGACGGUCGUCUUCAGACUGUCAAGUAUUUCGUUGACGGAGACUCAGGCUACGUGGCUGAGGUCAACUACGAAGGAAGCGCCUCAGCCGAAUCAGGCUCCGCUGAGUCCUUCGAGAGGCCAAGAUACCGCUACGACUCCAACGAGUCCAAAUAAGUCAGUCUUUCAAUUGCGAACGAACUAUUGCCAGCUCUGAUUGUACAUAAUCCCUAUUUAUAUAUUUAUUAGCAAUACAUGCAUGAAUAAGCAAAA